AAUUUGCGAGCUGGACCUCUACACACUCCACUCGAGACUGACUUUGACCUGCUCCAGCGUUUCGAACAUUCCGCAAUUCCCCUGAUCCACACUCUUCAUUUCAAAGAUGUCAGACUUCCCGGCGACAGAGAAUGGCAAGAUCUCCCUCAAGGGACGUGUUGCCAUCGUCACUGGCGCUGGUAAUGGUCUCGGCCGCGCCUACGCGCUGAGCCUUGCCAAGCGAGGAGCAAAGGUCGUCAUCAACGAUCUUGGUCCCUCCACUCAAGACAAGAACCGCAAGGCAGCCGAAGUUGUGGUUGAAGAGAUCACAAAGGCAGGCGGAGAGGCCAUCGCCAACCUGGAUUCCAACCUCGAAGGCGCCAAGAUCGUCAAGCAAGCUGUCGACAAGUGGGGACGUGUAGACAUCCUUAUCAACAAUGCUGGUAUUCUGAGAGACAAGUCCUUCAAGUCCAUGAGCGACAAGGAAUGGGAUGCGAUCACCGCUGUGCACAUUACUGGCUCGUACGCGUGCGCGAGAGCCGCUUGGCCUCACUUCAGGGAGCAAAAGUUCGGUCGCAUUAUCAACAUCUCCUCAGCCGCUGGUAUCUACGGCAACUUCGGUCAGGCAAACUACUCUGCCGCCAAGAUGGCCAUGAUCUCCUUCACAAAGACUCUCGCAAUCGAAGGUGCAAGGUACAACAUCUUCGCCAACACUAUUGCACCCAUCGCUGCGUCCCAGAUGCUGGCUUCAAUCAUGCCUCCCGAGAUCCUCGAGAACCUGAAGCCCGAGUUCGUCGCACCUCUGGCUACUUUCCUCUGCUCGGCCGCUAACGAGGACAUCAGUGGCCAGCUCAUCGAGUCUGGUGCCGGCUUCAUGGCUUCCCUACGUCGCCAGCGUUCCCGUGGUGUUGUGUUCAAGACGGAUGAGAGCUUCACGCCAUCUGCCGUCAAGGCAAAGGUCGAUGAGAUUCUCGACUUUGACAACUCGCCCGAGUACCCCGACAAGAUCACUGACGCCAACCACAUGGAAUUCUUGGAGCGAGCCAAGGAAGCGAAGCCCAACGAGGGCAAGGACGAAGUCCGCUUCGAUGGCAAGACGGUUCUCAUCACUGGUGCAGGUGCAGGUCUUGGAAAGGCGUACGCCGAGAUGUUCGGAAAGCUCGGCGCCAACGUCGUGGUCAACGACUUCUCCGCCGAUAACGCCAACAAGACUGUCGAAGAACUCAAAAAGGCGGGCUACAAGGCUGCCCCCGCUAUUGGCAGUGUGGAGGAUGGCGAGAAAAUCGUCAAGGCCGCUGUCGAUGCGUUCGGCGGUCUGCAUGUCGUGAUCAACAACGCCGGUAUCCUGCGCGACAAGUCUUUUGCCGGUGUCGAGGACAAGGACUGGCACGCCGUCGUCAACAUCCACUUGCGUGGUACCUACGCCAUCUGCAAGGCUGCCUGGCCAAUCUUCAUCGAGCAAAAGUACGGCCGUAUCGUCAACACGACAUCCGCUGUGGGCAUCUACGGAAACUUCGGACAGGCCAACUACUCCACUGCUAAGGGUGGUAUCCUCGGAUUCACCCAAACUCUGGCUAUUGAAGGUCAAAAGUACAACAUCUUGGCCAACACCAUCGCCCCUAAUGCAGGUACCGCCAUGACCUCCACCAUCUGGCCUCAGGAGAUGGUCGAUGCUUUCAAGACAGAAUACAUCGCCCCUGCUGUGGGCUACUUGGCCAGCGAGGCCAACGAAGAGCACACCAAGCUCCUUUGGGAGGUCUCCGGAGGUUGGGUUGCUGCUGUCCGCUGGCAGCGUGCCGGUGGUCACGCUUUCAGCUUCACUCGCGAGCUGCAAGUCGAGUCCAUCCAGAAGCGAUGGGGUGACAUCUCCAACUACGAGUCUGAGGAGUCUUCCUUCCCAGCGAGCAACCAGGAAGCCAUGGAGCAAAUUAUGAGCAACAUUGGCAAUGCGGGCGAGAGCGAGGAGGGUGACGAGGAGGAUGGAGAAGGUGACGAGGACUUCUCGCACCCAGAUGACCCCAAGGAGAUCGCUGAGGCCAAGAAGGCCAAGCCCGAGCCAAGCGAAUUCUCUUACACCGAGAGAGACGUCAUCCUUUACGCUCUGGGUGUAGGCGCAGGUGCCAAGGAGCUGCCUUACGUUUACGAAGGCGACGAUGACUUCGCUCCUGUCCCCACCUUUGGUGUCAUCCUCAGCUUCGGCGCUAGCUCAGGUCUGGACAUGGGUUGGCUUCAAAACUUUGACCCUACCCGUUUGUUGCAUGCUGAGCAGUACCUUGCCCUGCACAAGAAGCUUCCCACCGAGGCGCUCGUUCGCAACGAGCCCCGCUUCAUUGAGGUUCUCGACAAGGGCAAGGCUGCCGUUGUCACCAGCCGCACCUUGACCAAGGCAGCCUCAGACGGCACUCUCCUCGCCACUUCGGAGAGCACCGUCUUCUGCCGUGGUGCCGGUGGUUUCGGCGGGCAGAAGCAGGGCAAGGACCGCGGUGCUGCCUCGGCUGCCAACCAGCCCCCCAAGCGCAGCCCAGACAACAGCACCAAAUUCAAGACCGGAGCUGACCAGGCUGCGCUUUACCGCCUGUCUGGUGACUUGAACCCAUUGCACAUUGCGCCAGACUUUGCAAAGAUGGGAGGCUUCGACCAGCCCAUCCUUCACGGUCUGUGCAGCUUUGGCAUUGCAGGCAAGAUCCUCAAGGAUGUCUACGGUCCUUGGAAGGCCAUCAAGGUGCGCUUCACCGGUGUGCUCUACCCCGGCGAGACACUCCAGAUCGACUCGUGGAAGGAGGGCGAGCGUGUCAUCUUCACUGCUACCGCCGUUGAGCGCAAAUCUCCCGUGCUCGGUGCUGCUGCUGUCGAGCUGGGUGAGCUUAGCGAUUAACCACCUGCACCAAACGGUUUCUCUUUCGAGUCUCCUGGAAAGCCUUUUGAUGUUCUGUUACCACCCUCUUCGGACACCCGUACUCGAGAUUCGGAAAAAGCAAUUUGUGAAUGAAUAUAUCGAUUCAGCUACUUUGAGU